GUCCGUACGCCACGGUUCAGUGAGAUUAGACUGGUCAAACAGUUUGGACGAAGAGUAAACAAAUUGUUGUGUAAAUUAAUAAAACAAAUUUUUAACUGUGACUGUCGACAGAGCUAAACGAAAAUGGAUCAAUAUCUAGGAAAGAAAUAUAAGUUGAAGUGUUCGGAAAAUUUGGAUGAGUUUUUGAAGUCUUUAGGUAUCGGUUUCCUUUCCCGUAAGGCAGCCGCAGCGGUAUCACCCGUCUGCGAGUUGACUCGGGACGAAGACGGUACAUACACUUACAUAUUUUCCACCCCGAUAAGGACUUUGAAAUAUGUGUUCAAACUGGGAGAGGAAGUCAUUUUAGAAAGAGCUGAUGGUGCCAAGAUGAAGUCAACAUUUACAAUUGAAGGUGAUGAUUUUGUACAAAUCGAAGUGCAUGAGAAUGGAAAAGUAAGCAAGCACGUGCGGUCAUUUUCCGAAGAUAAAUUAGUAGUGGUUUCAACAAUCGAAGGAUGGGAUGGAAAAGCCAUCAGAACUUAUGACCGUGUAUAUUAACAAGUUUAAUUAUAGAAGAAAAUAGAAAUAAUAUUUAGGUACAAAUUGAAAUAGCAAUAGAAUGGUGAUUUUGUUUUAAGAAUGCCAGACAUCAGAUAUAUUACCUCUUAAAAAUUUCAAACUUAAGGAAGUUUGUUUUUGGUUACUUACUAUACUUGCUACAUAAGAAACAUAUACCUAUUUAAAAUGUUAUAUAUAUCUUUAUUUUAUUUGUAAAAAAAGAUACAGUGAUUAAUUUAACAAUUUGUUAACAAGGAUAAGCUUUGUCUUUGAAAGAGAUAUGUUAUAUUAAUCCUUACUAAAAUUGCAAACGUGAAAAUGAAGUGAGUGAUGUUUAUUUGUAUGGUACCUCUUGGUGCUUAACGACUCAAUAAAUCGUCAUAAAAUUUUAAUGUGUAUAACAUAGUGUUUAGGAUAGAAAAGACAUAGACUACAUUUUAUGUAUGUAUAUCAAUGCUAACAAAAUAGCAGGUAAAAACCAGUAAUUAUAAUAAAAAGAUUUAUUUGUUAGUAUUAAUUUAUGGAAUGGAAGUUUGGAGUUGCCAAAAAAAAAGUAAUGUCAUGCCAAAAGGAGAGAAAUAAAUUAUUCUGAGUAGAGAGUCUAAGUUAUAUUUAAGUUACAUUUAUUAUAAACUUUAAUAUUUAAUCGAAAUUCUGGAAAAUAUAAUAACAAUCUCACUUGGUACUAUCGCAGUAUAAAGAAAUACUUAUAAAAACUCCAUAUACUGUGGUACUAUUAUUACUAUAUAAUUAUAUAUGAGUAUACUAUUGGAAGCCCAGAAUUUAAGGAAUUGUAUCCGACCUAAAUAAUAAAAGAGCAAUUAAACAAUUAAAAGAUAUGUUUUUUAUUACUGAUGUAUAUUUAAAUGACAUGGGUGAUAUACAAGUGGCUAUAUCUUUACAAAAAAAUCCGGGAUCACGAUGUUCCGUCAUGCUCAUCAUAGAAACCAUUCAAUUGAUUUUAAUAACAAUUUUAAAUAUGUAACAUUAGCUUCAACUUAAGAGAUAGGAUUUUUAUUUCGAUAAGAAAAAAGGCAAUGUAAAAGAGAGAAAAAUAACGUGUGAUAGGUCACCUAGUGUAAUUCUAUAUCUUGUUCUAACUAUUAUUUAUACUCUGCUAUUACUGUCAAUGCAUGCUAUAUCUAUUGAGACACUUUCAUACCAGCAACUAGAUAGCAAGUUCUUUUGCUAAACUCAAAUCUAGAAACAUUGUAUUCUUAUUAUUGUACAUUUUUAAUCACGUAUUGCAAGUACAAUAAAUUUAUUAACUUAA